AUGGAAGCGGCAGUAAGCGACGCUUUCGUUACGAAAGACGACUACUUGUCCAGUACCACCACCACCACCUUCACCGUCGAUAACGUAACGGAAGCGAACUUCAGCCCCGAGGACGUGCUGGGUCCUCGAUACCACAAGCAAGCACGCAUCGUCAUCAUUAUCAUCAUGAUAGUCACCUCCGUCGUGGGCAACAGCGUUGUCUUGUGGAAACUUGUCGUCAGGCGUCGUCGCCGUCGCGUUUCGAAGGCCAGAGUGCUCUUUCUUAAUCUGGCAAUGGCGGACCUCUCGGUGGCCUGCGUCACGAUGACAUCGCAGGUCGUGUGGGAGGUGAUGGGCAGGGCGUGGAUUGCGGGAGACGCCUUCUGUCGCUUCUUCAAGUUCUUACAGACGUUCGCCCUCGUCUCCUCGACGUACAUGUUAGUGACCAUUGCUCUGGACAGGCACAUCGCCAUCGCCACUCUGGCUCCCAGCCCCGAUCCGUGGAAGCUGGCGGCCAUCACUUGGCUUACAUCCUGCGUGCCUUCACUGCCGAACGUGUACGUGUUCCACAGCGUCGAAGUGACGCCGGGAAAGUGCUUUUGCGCGUCCAUAUUCUACGACCGCGGCGUGCCCCUCUAUCACCGCCAGAUCUACAUGGGAUUCAUUUUCAUCGCGGUGUUCUUAGUUCCCCUCGUCCUGCUCGUGUCCUUUUAUACGGGAAUACUCUGGGCCAUGUGGAAGCACAGUUCAAGUAGCGGCAAAGUUGGUCAGCAAACAGCAUCGUCCCUGCCACGAGCAAAGGUGAAGACGCUCAAGAUGACUGCCGUCGUGUUCGGUGCCUUCCUCGUGACAAACGUGCCCUAUAUGGUCCAGGAGGUCAUAUUGGCGUUCGGAAACCCCGAUAUCUUGAACGCCAACGUGGUGGCUCUGUCGGGAGUGAUUUCUGCUUCGAACAGCGCCAUCAACCCGUACAUUUUUCUGUAUUUCCAAAAAAGUCACAGACGCAGAGGGCGAGGCAUGUUCACAUCCUUGUUGAAGCAUAUUCCCUGCCUCCAACGCUGCAUCACCCGCUCCGACAACAGUAUCGCGAAGACGGCAACAGUGACCUUCACUUACUCUGGUCGCCACUCACGGACGGUGACCACGGUGAACUCUGAGUCGUAUUCGGGCAGGAGCUUCACGUGA